AUGCCUUUAUACGGUUCACAAGGUCAUUUUGCUGGUGCGGAUCCUAAAAUCAGAAAUCAGUUUGGUGGCAUAAGUGAGCCAGAUGAAGUUGAUGACAAUACCGUUUUGUAUGUAGAUCCCGUGACUGGACUUGCUCUGGGAGCUCAUCAGUCCAUGCAGAUCAAUUUUUAUAUAGACAAUGAAAAGAGAUCAAGUAUGCCGUUCAAAAUGAUGAGGGGUCCCUAUUUCUUCCCUAUUAUCAGAAUUGUUAAUGAAAUAUAUCCUCCAGUAGAAACAUUAGAAACAUUAUUUCAAAAGGUUCAAGGCAACAAGAAGUUGUUGAACUGGGCGGUAUAUAUACUUGGUGGAGUCUGUCUACUAGUAAUUCUUCUUACAUCCAUGAUAAUUGUUCGAAUAGCUCGGUAA